UUGCAGCAAAGUUCUUAAUAGUUCUCAGAGGGUUUUCAUUCCUGGUCUUUUAAAAUCAACUCAUGGCCUUGCCUGUUUGAAUGGCAUUUGUUUCUAGUUUUCCUCUAAAUGUAUAAAACAUUCUUUUAAAAAAUGUCUAUUUCCAUCAUCUUUGUCUCAAUCCUAGAGAACAGAGUCAUAUACCAGCUGGUAGUAGGAGAAACGUCUCCCCUUUCUGGUGAAGCAGAAACAGAUGUUGGGCUUCCAGCGCAGGGUCCCAUAUCCUUCAAGGAGUUGUCUGUCUGUUUUACCAAGGAGGAAUGGGACCUGCUGGAUCCCAAACAGAAAGCUCUGCAUGAGGAAGUCAUGCUGGAGACAUCUUGGAAUGUAGCUUCUCUAUCAGGCAAUGAACAGAAGAAUGAGAUUUACCAGGAACCGGGGGUAACACCAUUACAGGUUUUUAAAGUUGAAGUGAGAGAAGACACCUUUCCAAAUCAAUGGCAACCAAAAAGUGAAGACGGAAUCCAGUUAAAUGAUCAACAGAAAAUAAAUCCUCCUCCGUUAUGUCUGGAAAUCUAUGAUUUGCUAACCCAAGAAGAUCUUAAUGGAGAGAGGAUGGGACAGUGUUUAGGCUGUGAUGAAAUACUUGAAGAACAAUCAAACCUCAGUAACUCAUGUGAAUGGAGACAGGAAAGAAACUGGUAUAAUCAGAGCUCCCCUCAUUGGAGAGAUGAGAUGGGGGGAAAAGCAUUUGAAUGUAAAGACUAUGGAAACAACUUCAACUAUACCAGUAAACCUAUUUCCCAUAAAAAGAACCACACUGGAGAGAAUUCAUAUAAAUGUAUAGUGUGUGGAAGGAGUUUCACGAGGAAUGAUAAACUGAUCGCCCAUAUUAGAAUUCACACAGGGGAGAAACCAUAUAGAUGCACGGAGUGUGGAAAGAGCUUCACAAGGAACGAUAAACUGAUAGCCCAUAUUAGAAUUCACACAGGGGAGAAACCAUAUAAAUGCAUGGAGUGUGGAAAGAGCUUCACAAGGAACGAUAAACUUAUCAACCAUAUAAGAAUUCACACAGGGGAGAAACCAUAUAAAUGCAUGGAGUGUGGAAAGAGAUUCACAAAGAGCACAGAUCUUACUUCCCAUAAAAGGAUCCACACAAAAGAGAAACCAUAUAAAUGCACAGAGUGUGGAAAGAGCUACAGUCAUUCUAGUAAUCUGAGUACCCAUAAGAGUAUCCACAAAAAGGAAAAACCACAUAAAUGCAUGGAGUGUGGAAAGAGCUUCAUAAGGAGCACAGAUCUUACUUCUCAUAAAAGGAUCCAUACAGGAGAGAAACCACAUCAAUGUAUGGAGUGUGGAAGAAGCUUUACUCACUACAAUACCCUUACUUCCCAUAAAACCAUCCAUACAGGGGAAAAAUCAUAUACAUGCGUGGAUUGUGGAAAGAGCUUCAGGACAAACAGUUCUCUAACUUCCCACAAAAGGAUCCACACAGGGGAGAAACCAUAUAAAUGCAUAGAGUGUGGAAGAAGCUUCCGGACAAGUAGUUAUCUUACUUACCAUAAAAGAAUUCACACAGGAGAAAAACCCUAUCAGUGCAUGGACUGUGGAAAGAGCUUCAAUCUCUCUAGCACGUUUACUUUCCAUAAAGCAAUCCAUACAGGAGAGAAACCCUAUCAAUGCAUGGACUGUGGAAAGAGCUUCAAUCACCCCAGUACCCUUACUUCUCACAAAAGGAUCCACACAGGAGAGAAACCCUAUCAAUGCAUAGAGUGUGGAAAGAGCUUCAAUCACUCCAGCAACCUUGCUUCCCAUAAAAGGAUCCACACAGGGCAGCGAAAAUAUAAAUGCCUAGCAUGUGGAAAGGGUUUUACUCAGAGUUCUCACCUUACUUCCCAUAAAAAAAUCCACAGUGAGGAUUAACUAUAUAAAUGCAUAAAAUGUGGUAAGAGCUUUCAUUUUUGGGAUCUGAUCACCCAUGAAGGAUGACACAUGGAAAAUUAACUGGAGUGCUUCAGUGAGAACAUUCAUCUUAAUUGACCUCAAAAGGAGGUAUCUGCAUAUAUCCCAAAAUUGCUUCUAAUUUUUCUUAUCUGAGAUCACACCUGGCCUUUGAGGGUGAGCAGUGUCCUACCUUUCAAACAUAACACUGGUUGUGUUCAGGAGGAAGUCUAAAUUUGAUUUUUAAGCAAUAUGAAGAUCAACAUGUUAAACCUGUUGAUGAUCGAUAUGUUUUGGAGGAGAAUUUAUAGAAAUGAAUGGGAUGUGGAAAAACCUUCCAACACUGCAGUGACUUUAUUCCAUAUAAAGCAUACUAUUUAGAAAUAAGUGGUCAACCCAGUGCUUCUAAGAAGUCUAGGAGCUGUAACAAAGAGGACUGCACAUACUCAUGGAUCUCUCUUUCACCAUUGGUUGAAUAUAAACUUUCCCAAACAAGCUCUUAUUUUACACAAUAUUUUCUUCAUACGGAACACAUGCAAAUAUGUGAUUUAACACUAGCAAAUAAGCAGGAGGUUGUGGGGGCGAAGAGAGAUGAAACUAUAGAGUGCUAUCUCACUGGGAAGUAAUGUAUUUCUGUUUAUUUGUUUUAUAUCUUUUUUUUAAUAGUUAUUUGCUGUUUUAUUUCCUUGCACAUGUUUUUCUUUCUUUUAAGUAUAGAUUCUAUAUAUAUGUAAUACAGUGCUAUCUGAAUAUUAAUUUGAGGUUCUAUGUGAGCAAUAUUAGAAAACAUGAUAAAUAUUCAAACGUAAAAAAGUUCAUUAUUAGAUAUUUGUUAAAUGGUACAGGUUAUAAAAUGAAUUGGUAUUGGUUGAUAAGUGGGCCAAAAUAAAAUUAAUGAAGUUAGCUAGUCUUAAUGUAAAAGGGCUGACAAUCUAAGAAACACAAUGUAAUCUUAACAUAUUUAAAAUCAUUAAGGGCAGAUAUUGCUUAUCUACAAGAGACUCAUCUAACAAAACAGGAUAAAUCUAUAUUAAUGAAUGAUUGGGUGAGACAGGUUUACCUCACAGAUACUUGGACAGAAGCUAAAGGUGUGGCCAUAUUGGUUCAAAAAGGCUUUCCAAUUGAUGUACAACAGGUUAUUUAUGUAAAUGGACAUUAUUUAAUUUUAUGUGCUAAAAUAGCAGGGACCGUAAUAGCUAUGGUUAAUGUUUAUGGACCUAAUUUAGAUUCUCCUGUUAUGUUUUAUGAAUGUUUAGGGCAUUACUAACAAAACUGGAUGGAUAACUACAUGUGAAGAUUGCCUCCUGGCUGCUAGAUAGUAACGCCUUUGUUCAUUUGAGAGCCAGUUUGGUGGUGUGGGUAAGUCAUCAGGCUAGAAACCAGGUGACCAUGAAUUCUAGUGCUG